GAGGACCGGCGGGUGGGUCACGUGACCCACGGCCCGCUCCGAUCACGUGACCGCAGCCGCUUUGUUACACUGAGACCGGGCCCGGGGCUCCAUGAUGCUGAUGAUGAUGAUGGAUUACCGGCCUGGCUUUCCCGCAAUCGCUUCAGACGACGACGGCGACGAGGAGGAGGAAGAGGAGGAGGAGGGCGGACAGCGACAUAAACUCCUCCCCAACAUGGCUUGUCCGAGUCAGGUUUGCAUGAGUGGAGUAGAUAGUGUUUGUCACACGCAGCAGGAAUUGGUGAAGAAGACAAUGGAAUGUGGCUGGAGGCUUGCUGAAGCUCAGCAGAGACUUUGUGAUUUGGAGCUGCACAAUUCUGAGUCUUUGGAACAAGAACGGGCCAAAGCGCAGGUUGAAUUCUGGGAGUUGAAGCAAAAAGAAGAUGAAUGGAGGCAAAAGGAGGAAGAGCUGACCUGGAAUGAGAGGCUAAGUUCAUGGAACAUUGAUACAGACAGUAGGGAAGGUUUUAAUAAGAGUGUGAUCAACAAAAAGUGUAAAGAAGCAGAGGAAGAUGGAAAAAAUGUAACUUUUGUACAGAGAUAUCACCAGCAGAUCAGGCACUUUGGCAUGUUGAAACGAUGGGUCGAUAGUCAGAGAUAUUUAUCGGAUUAUCCUCACCUCAUUUGUCAAGAUACUGCUAAUUACCUAAUAAACUGGUGUUUUAAUUUGAAGAAGGAAGAGAAACAAGCACUGAUGGAACAAGUGGCACACCAGGCUGUUGUGAUGCAGUUCAUUAUAGAACUGGGCAGAAGUCUUCAGGAAGAUCCUCGUGGCUGCUUCAGACAGUUUUUUGAGAAAGCAAAAAUAGCUGAAGAAGGUUAUAUGGAAGCAUUUAACACUGAACUAGCAGAGUUUAUCCAACGGGUUCGUGAAUUUGCAGAAACCAAGACUGCGGAAACAGUAGCAAUACAUAAUGUGGCUCAGCACUUGAAUCACCUGGAUGUUCGUGGUAUGCCUCCAAUGGAAGUGUUUGAAUCUUUACCACUGGAACUCAAGCAGUGUUUUCAGUUGCAAGAUGUUCAUGUCCUUCAGAACAUGCUGAGCAACAUGGACCCACAGGUUGCUGAGCACUACUUGCAGCGCUGUAUAGAUGCAGGCUUAAGGAUCUAUAAUACUAAAGAAGCCAAAGAAGAAAGAAAUGAAGAACCUAAAAUGGACAUAUCUUAACUGUUUGGCAAUAACACUAUUAGUUGAUUGCAUAAAAAAUUUCACAACAGUGGAAGAAAAGCCUGUUUUUGUAUGUAACCGUUGACUUGCCUGUGUGGAUGCUGCACUUUAUUUGUAAGGUUUGUUUAGAACAAAAAAAUUGUAUGAUUUUGAUGCAUUCUAAUGCUGGCUGUUCUGAAAAAGGAUUUGCUAAUCAACUUUUUUGUCUUUUCUCCAUUACACACAUUUCAAGAUAUCUUCUGGUUUAGUUUUGCAAAGAGUCACUCAAGAUUGCACAGUGUAUCUUGCUAGUGUGCAUAUUUUGUCCUUCUUUAUUACUGUGGUGAUUAGAUGCAUACAGGUAUCUGCCAAGUUCCUGAAAACAGUGGCAGGCCAGUCAGAAAGAUUUACUUAAUUGCAAAUCAAGUUUUUCACAAAUAAAAUGCAGAAAAGUG